AUUAUUUUUGCCAUUUUAUAUUUCUGUUCGUUUUGGCUUAAAAAGAAAUAUUUAGGUGUAAUAAAUCAUUUGUAUUUGCACUUAAAUUGGAUAUACCUUAAGCCCAUCAAGUAUUUUCUAUAGAGCAAUACACACAGCUUGUCAAACGUAAACAUUCUUAUUGCAGCAAUGGGCGGACAUCACGGAGAACCCUACACAGUGCCCCAUGCAUCGGCCUACAAGGUGGAGAAUGUGCCCCAGCUCUUGGAAGUAAAAGAGGCACUGGCCCGCCAAGGACUAAAGGAUCCGUGGCUGAGGAACGAAGCCUGGCGUUACGAACCCAAGGCCUUCGGCACCCACAGAUCUCGUCUGAACACCUUCCUAUUCCGUGGACUCGGCGUGGGAUUCUGCGCCUUCUUGGCCACCGUUGCCGUGGAAUACGCUUUGGGCAUUGGCAAGGGUCAGGGUGACCAUGGACAUGGUCACGGCCACGAGGAACACGGAGAUAAGGGCCAUCAUUAGUUAUAUUAAAUAAACCCAUUGUGCUAUCGCUCCAAA